AUGGAUAUCCGAUUCCCUUUCUCUCCGGCGGAGGUUGCCAAAGUCCGCAUGGUUCAGUUUGGAAUACUCAGUCCCGACGAGAUCAGGCAAAUGUCUGUGGUGCAAAUCGAGCACGGUGAGACCACGGAGAGAGGGAAGCCGAAGAUUGGUGGAUUGAGUGACCCUCGGCUUGGAACUAUUGACAGAAAGCUCAAGUGUGAGACUUGCACAGCGAGUAUGGCUGAGUGCCCUGGCCAUUUUGGUCACUUGGAGCUUGCCAAGCCAAUGUUUCACAUUGGAUUUUUGAAGACCGUGUUAACUAUAAUGCGUUGUGUUUGCUUCAACUGCUCUAAAAUUCUAGCUGAUGAGAAUGAUCACAAGUUUAAGCAAGCCUUAAGGAUCAGGAAUCCCAAGAACAGGCUGAAAAAGAUUCUGGAUGCUUGCAAAAACAAAAGCAAGUGCGAAGGGGGAGAUGAGAUUGACAUUCCUGGGCAAGAUACCGAGGAGCCAGUUAAAAAGAGUCGUGGUGGCUGUGGUGCUCAGCAACCGAAGAUUACAAUUGAGGGGAUGAAAAUGAUUGCUGAGUACAAAGCUCAGAGGAAGAAAAGUGAUGACCAAGAACAGCUUCCUGAACCUGUAGAAAGGAAACAAACUCUUUCUGCAGAAAGGGUUCUUGGUGUUCUGAAAAGGAUAAGCGACGAGGACUGUCAGUUGUUGGGCUUGAAUCCUAAGUAUGCUCGUCCUGACUGGAUGAUUUUACAAGUUCUUCCGAUUCCUCCUCCACCUGUGAGACCAUCUGUAAUGAUGGACACAUCCUCCAGGAGUGAGGAUGAUUUAACUCAUCAGUUGGCCAUGAUCAUCAGGCACAAUGAGAAUCUUAAGAGACAGGAGAGAAACGGAUCUCCUGCACAUAUUAUUUCUGAGUUUGCUCAGUUAUUGCAGUUCCACAUAGCAACAUAUUUUGAUAAUGAGUUGCCUGGACUGCCAAGGGCUACUCAAAGAUCAGGAAGACCUAUCAAAUCAAUAUGUAGCAGGCUCAAGGCAAAAGAAGGACGGAUUAGAGGUAACUUGAUGGGUAAAAGAGUUGAUUUUUCUGCUCGAACAGUCAUUACACCUGAUCCAACAAUCAACAUUGAUCAAUUGGGAGUACCAUGGAGUAUCGCUUUGAAUCUAACAUACCCUGAGACUGUGACUCCGUACAACAUUGAAAGGUUGAAGGAACUUGUUGAGUACGGACCACACCCUCCACCUGGAAAAACUGGUGCUAAGUAUAUCAUUCGUGAUGAUGGACAAAGACUUGAUCUCAGAUAUUUAAAGAAAAGUAGUGAUCACCAUUUGGAGCUUGGCUACAAGGUUGAGCGUCAUUUGAAUGAUGGAGACUUUGUUCUCUUCAAUCGGCAGCCUAGUCUUCAUAAAAUGUCCAUCAUGGGGCAUAGAAUUAAAAUCAUGCCAUACUCUACUUUCCGGCUUAACUUGUCUGUUACUUCACCAUAUAAUGCUGAUUUUGAUGGGGAUGAGAUGAAUAUGCAUGUUCCUCAGUCUUUUGAAACUAGAGCUGAGGUGUUGGAGCUGAUGAUGGUGCCUAAAUGCAUUGUGUCACCACAGUCAAACAGGCCAGUGAUGGGAAUUGUCCAAGACACACUUUUGGGAUGCAGAAAAAUCACCAAGAGAGACACUUUCAUUUCAAAGGAUGUUUUCAUGAACAUAUUGAUGUGGUGGGAAGAUUUUGAUGGGAAAGUUCCUACUCCUACAAUAUUGAAGCCAGAACCAUUGUGGACAGGGAAACAAGUCUUCAAUCUCAUCAUUCCUAAACCCAUAAAUCUAAUUAGAUAUUCUAGUUGGCACAGUGAAAAUGAAAGGGGAUCCAUAACCCCUGGGGAUACCAUGGUCAGAAUUGAAAAAGGGGAACUACUUACUGGAACACUUUGCAAAAAGACUCUUGGAACAUCUACGGGAAGUCUCAUUCACGUGAUUUGGGAAGAGGUUGGCCCUGAUGCAGCUCGGAAAUUUCUUGGUCAUACUCAGUGGCUUGUAAAUUACUGGCUUUUGCAGAAUGCUUUUAGCAUUGGAAUUGGUGAUACAAUUGCUGAUGCUUCUACUAUGGAAACCAUAAAUCAGACUAUUUCAGCAGCUAAGGAGAAAGUGAAACAACUUAUCAGGGAUGCUCAAGAGAAAAAGUUGGAGGCUGAACCUGGUCGGACAAUGAUGGAUUCAUUUGAAAACAGAGUGAACCAGACUCUAAAUAGAGCUCGUGAUGAUGCUGGAAAUAGUGCUCAAAAAAGUUUAUCUGAGAGCAACAAUCUGAAAGCAAUGGUGACAGCUGGUUCCAAGGGAAGUUUUAUCAACAUAUCUCAAAUGACUGCUUGUGUGGGCCAACAGAAUGUUGAGGGUAAGCGAAUUCCAUAUGGAUUCAUAGACAGGACAUUGCCUCACUUCACAAAAGAUGAUUAUGGGCCUGAAAGUCGUGGCUUUGUGGAAAACUCAUAUCUACGGGGACUGACCCCUCAAGAGUUCUUUUUCCAUGCCAUGGGUGGUAGGGAAGGUCUUAUUGAUACGGCCGUGAAGACCUCUGAAACUGGGUACAUUCAGAGGCGACUGGUGAAGGCUAUGGAGGACAUCAUGGUUAAAUAUGAUGGGACAGUUAGAAACUCUUUGGGAGAUGUCAUACAGUUUCUUUAUGGAGAAGAUGGUAUGGACGCAGUUUGGAUUGAAACACAGAAGCUGGAUUCCCUUAAAAUGAAAAAAACAGAAUUUGAUAGGGUGUUUAGGUAUGAAUUUGAUGAUGAAAACUGGAAGCCUACUUACAUGCUUGAAGAGCCUGUAGAAGACUUAAAAACCAUCAGAGAGUUUCGCAAUGUGUUCGAGGCAGAGGUUCAGAAACUUGAAGCUGAUAGAUAUCAACUUGCAACUGAGAUUGCCACUACUGGUGACAGUUCCCUGCCACUGCCUGUUAACCUGAAGAGGCUUAUCUGGAAUGCUCAGAAGACAUUUAAGGUUGACUUCCGAAGGCCUUCUGAUAUGCAUCCAAUGGAAAUUGUGGAAGCCAUUGAUAAACUCCAGGAGCGGCUUAAGGUUGUUCCUGGUGAAGAUCUUUUGAGUCAAGAAGCUCAGAAGAAUGCUACUCUCCUGUUCAAUAUUCUUCUCCGCAGCACUUUUGCUAGUAAAAGGGUCUUGGAGGAAUACAGGCUUUCUCGUGAGGCAUUUGAGUGGGUAGUGGGAGAAAUAGAAUCAAGGUUUUUGCAGUCACUCGUAGCCUCUGGAGAAAUGAUUGGUUGUGUGGCUGCCCAAUCAAUUGGUGAACCUGCGACUCAGAUGACUCUCAACACUUUCCAUUAUGCUGGUGUCAGUGCAAAGAAUGUUACUCUUGGUGUUCCUAGGUUAAGGGAAAUCAUUAAUGUGGCAAAGAGAAUUAAAACACCUUCUCUGUCUGUGUUCUUGAAUCCUGAUGUUGGUAAGACUAAGGAGAGAGCCAAGAGUGUGCAGUGUGCUUUAGAAUAUACCACUCUAAGGAGUGUGACUCAAGCUACAGAGGUGUGGUAUGAUCCGGAUCCUAUGAGUACCAUAAUUGAAGAGGAUGUUGAUUUUGUUAAGUCCUACUAUGAAAUGCCGGAUGAAGAAGUUGCCCUUGAAAAAAUAUCACCUUGGUUGCUUCGCAUAGAGCUGAAUCGUGAAAUGAUGGUGGAUAAAAAGUUGAGUAUGGCUGACAUUGCAGAGAAGAUUAACCUUGAAUUUGAUGAUGAUUUGACUUGUAUAUUUAAUGAUGACAAUGCUGAAAAACUUAUACUUCGGAUCCGUAUUAUGAAUGAUGAAGCACCCAAGGGUGAGAUUCAGGAUGAAUCUGCUGAAGAUGAUGUUUUCUUAAAGAAAAUUGAAAGCAACAUGCUGACUGAAAUGACCUUACGGGGUAUCCCAGACAUCAACAAGGUUUUUAUUAAAAAUACUAAAACUCAAAAGUUCGAUGAGAAUGAAGGUUUUAAGCCUAAUGAAGAAUGGAUGCUUGAUACGGAAGGUGUCAACCUUCUAGCUGUGAUGUGCCAUGAAGAUGUUGAUGCAACCAGAACCACAAGCAACCACUUGAUUGAAGUUAUUGAAGUUCUUGGCAUUGAGGCAGUUCGGCGAGCUCUUUUGGAUGAAUUGCGUGUUGUCAUUUCUUUUGAUGGUUCUUAUGUUAAUUAUAGGCAUUUAGCUAUUCUUUGUGAUACCAUGACUUAUAGGGGGCAUUUGAUGGCCAUUACACGACACGGAAUCAACAGGAAUGAUACCGGGCCAAUGAUGAGAUGCUCAUUUGAAGAAACAGUUGAUAUUCUGCUUGAUGCUGCAGUAUAUGCUGAGACUGAUUACUUGAGGGGUGUCACUGAAAACAUCAUGUUAGGUCAGCUUGCCCCCAUCGGCACAGGUGAAUGUGCCUUGUAUCUUAAUGAUGAGAUGCUGAAGAAUGCCAUUGAACUCCAACUGCCUAGUUAUAUGGAUGGUCUUGAAUUUGGCAUGACUCCUGCUCGCUCCCCAAUAUCUGGAACUCCAUAUCAUGAAGGCUUGAUGUCUCCCAGUUAUUUGUUAAGUCCAAAUUUACGUCUGUCUCCUACGUCGGAUGCCCAGUUUUCACCUUAUGUUGGUGGGAUGGCAUUUUCUCCCACUUCAUCUCCUGGGUACAGUCCAUCAUCCCCAGGCUAUAGUCCAUCAUCGCCUGGGUACAGUCCCACCUCACCUGGGUACAGUCCCACAUCUCCGGGCUACAGUCCCACAUCACCAGGUUACAGUCCGACCUCUCCGACUUAUAGCCCUAGUUCUCCUGGAUAUAGUCCUACAAGUCCAGCUUAUUCGCCUACCAGUCCAUCCUACUCUCCCACAUCACCCAGCUAUAGCCCCACAUCACCCAGCUACAGUCCUACAUCACCCAGCUACAGCCCUACAUCACCCAGUUAUAGCCCCACUUCUCCCAGCUACAGCCCCACUUCACCUGCAUAUAGUCCCACUUCACUUGCUUAUAGUCCCACUUCACCUGCUUAUAGUCCAACUUCACCUUCCUACAGCCCUACAUAUAGUCCCACUUCACCUUCCUACAGCCCCACAUCACCCUCUUACAGCCCCACAUCCCCAUCAUAUAGCCCUACAUCCCCUGCUUACAGCCCCACGUCACCUGGUUACAGCCCUACAUCACCCUCAUAUAGCCCAACAUCCCCAUCGUAUAGCCCUGCUUCCCCUAGUUACAAUCCACAAUCAGCAAAGUAUAGUCCUUCGUUAGCAUAUUCUCCAAGCAGUCCGAGAUUGUCUCCAUCAAGUCCAUAUAGUCCCACAUCCCCAAACUACAGAGCCUUUGGAGUUCAAACACUA